AUGACGACUCUCAAACGAGUUGAACAAAUGUGCGAUAACGCGAUGAAAAUGUUGAAUAUUUCUAAAGAGAAGUUGGAUAGACUGGAGGAACUGAGGAAGGGAACGGCACAGCCUAUGUGGAAUGGCGAGCAGGUAAACUUGGAGAGCAAAGAAGAAAGUCUGGAGACGGAGAAAAAGAUUUGGUUUGACCAGUUAGCAAUGCUACAGGCGAAACUGAUGGAAUAUACUCAAUCAGGAAAAAGAAAAUUGGAUUUGGAUGAUGGGAAUGAAGGCGGAGACCGAAAAAAAGUUCCGGAACUUACUAGUGCUCAAAUAAUUAUGAAAAGAAUAAUGGAACUUCCAGAGGAUCCUGAUGUUUACUCGAAUCCGAAAAAUUCCCUUUCAUUACCAUUUCCAUUCCUUGGCUCAAAAAAACCAGUAGAAAGGUUUGCUUUUAACGAUGAUGAAUUUUCCUUCACCUUCAUGGGAAGAAGGGAAUUCAAGAAUGUUUUAGAUGAAAUCAACAAACUUCGAGCAACUUAUUAUAUGGAAAUGUUUAUUUAUGGAACCAUGGGGUAUGGGAAGUCAUAUAUUCUUUCAGCAAUCACGUGCUACCUUUUCCGUGUCAAAAAACGUGUAGUAUACCUUCCUGAUUGCCGUGCCCUAUCAUUGGAUCCUGUGGAUUACAUUAAGUCGGCCCUAUUCCUUACUUAUGUAAAUGACCUUGAGGAAAUAAAUAGAAUUAGUUUAUGUGAAACACUUGGUGAUAUCGUAGAUUUUUUUAAAUCGGUAGAUGAACGUUUAUAUUUUAUUAUAGACCAACUGAAUGCUUUGGAUGGAAACGAUACUGGAAUUACCCCACAAACAAAAAUCGAAAUUAGAGAAAUUAUCAAUAAAAUUCGUAAUAAACAUUUUUGUAUUAAGAGUGCUUCAGCAAAUAACGAACGGGCACGUCAAUAUAAGAAGCAGACUGAUGAGAUUAAGAUGGCUCUUUAUGGAGGGCUUAAAGAGGAUGAGAUGUUAGAAUGGUGGGUAAGACAUGGACAUCUUUUAGAUCAUGAUGAAAGGGAAAAUCAAAUGAAAGAAAUUGAAGAUAUCACUGGCUGUGUUCCACUCUUCUUAAGAUACUUCCUUGAAUCUUAUAAUGAUAAUAGUGACGAAACUUUUGAUUUCAGAAAGAACCAUUUAAUUGAGAAUUUAGAAAGUAAAAUAAAACCUAAUUUAGAUCAAUUUUCAUUAAAUAAAUUCGUAAUAGAAUACGAUCAGAAUCGGUAUGUAUAG